UUCGUUAACCACUGCGCCACGACGGGAACUCCUAGAUGUCGUUUUCAAAUUGCUAGCAUGUACUAGAAUCACCAGGAGAGCUUGUUAAAACAGAUCCCUAGCCACCUCCUAUCCCCACCCCGAGUUUUAGAUUCUGUAGAUCUUAGGUAGGGCCCAAGCAUUUCUAACAAGCCCUGGCUGAUGCUGGUGCUGCAGGUCUUGGGCUACACUUUGAGGACCUCUGUCCUUAGAAGCCUGCUGUCAAAAGUGCGAUUGGUGGACCAGUAAUCUUAGCCUCACCCGGAGCUUGUGCAGCAUCUUGGGCGGCAUCUCAAACCUACAGAGUCAGAAUCUGCAUUUUAACUCGGUCCCCACCGUAAAGUUUGAGAAGUGCCGCCUUGGAGGAGCCAGAAUGAGAUGGAGGUAGAUGAAGAACCUCUCCUCCCUGGAGAGUCUGAAGAUGCAACAGAGAGGGACGAAAUGGCUAGGAUGUGCACCCAGAGGGGGCUGCUGACGGCUGAGAGGUGUUGACUUUAAGAUGAAGACUAUAGAGGUAGAUGGCAUCAAAGUGCGGAUACAGAUCUGGGACACAGCAGGGCAGGAGAGAUAUCAGACCAUCACAAAGCAGUACUAUCGACGGGCCCAGGGAAUAUUUUUAGUCUACGACAUUAGCAGUGAGCGCUCCUACCAGCACAUCAUGAAGUGGGUCAGUGAUGUGGAUGAGUAUGCACCAGAAGGUGUUCAGAAGAUCCUUAUAGGAAAUAAGGCCGAUGAGGAGCAGAAACGCCAGGUGGGAAGAGAGCAGGGGCAGCAGCUGGCUAGAGAGUAUGGCAUGGACUUCUAUGAAACAAGUGCCUGCACCAACCUCAACAUUAAAGAGUCCUUCACGCGCCUGACGGAGCUGGUGCUGCAGGCCCACAGGAAAGAGCUGGAAGGUCUGCGGACGCACGCCAGCCAUGAGUUGGCCUUGGCGGAGCUGGAGGAGGAGGAGGGCAAACCCGAGGGUCCGGUGAACUCUUCGAAAACCUGCUGGUGCUGAGGGUCCCACGUGGAGCACCCGCACAAUCCCCUCUCCCUGCAGGAGGCCUGCGGGCAUACAGGGAGCCUGGGCCUCGCCCUGCUUCUCCUCUCCUUUGGGUGGCCUGUGGCAUCUCAGCCGCUGCUUCUCCCCCUGCCUGGCACCAAGAGCAGCUCCGCUGUCUUGUCUGAACAGCCUUGCCUCCGGCCCUCCACCGGGUGUCCCCUCCAGCCUGUUUCCCCAGCCACAGGUCUGCUACUGGUCCCGACGUGCCAUGAGCACUGCCUCACUGCCCCAGCUCCCAGGCAAUGGCCGAGUCUGGAGUCAAGGCCUCUGUAAGGCUCCAUCUCUUUCAGUGCAUCUGGUGUCCUCUGCUUUUUCUCGCUUCUUCCCACUUCUCUCUCUCUGUACCCCCGCCUCCUGCUGUGUUCAUAUCAACCUUUCCCACCCCCCGCGCCAUGCCAUGUGGCUGCUAGUGUGGCCCUUCUCCCCACCCCCCCAGCCUUGGCCUAUCCCAGGGAAUGGACUCAGGCUCAGGGGCGAGUUUCCUGCUCUGCUCCAGGGAGAACCUGUGCCCUGCUUGGUGGGCACUUCUUCCUGUCCUCCCCGCCCCACCGCCCUGUCUUGUGCCAUGGGCCUGCCUCCCCAGGCACCGGGGAAAGAGGAAUGUCAAGGGAGGAAGGAAAGCUCAAACUGGUGGUCCCCACGCCUGGGGCUUUCCUGCCUCCUGCCCCCAGCGUCAGCCUUGCUUGGCUGCCUGCCAGCUGCCAUUGGGGAAACUGAGCUUGAGGCAGGUGCUUCUGAGAAGAAAAAAAAUGAUGAGGGGUGGCAGGGACAAAAAGUCACCUCCAUUCUCUACCUCCCAGGCAGCAUGUAUACCAUUUCUACUCCCCUGGGCUCCUGAAUUGAAAGAUGCGGACCAAGCCUGGAGGGCACUGUGGGGGCAAGGAAAGCCUCGGGGCCAACAACAAGCUCCAGAAAGGGGACUUUUUGGUAGUGAAGGACCAGCUCCUAUCUAUCAGGUUACGAGCCAGGGAGAGCAGGCAGGGUAGCAGUUUGCACACGAGAGGGGAAUUCAGCAACAGGAGGGAUUCCUGGGCCUCCUCUUCCAUUUCUUGUGUGAGAAAGGUGUUUCCCCACCACCCCUGGCAGUGAGAGGUGACAGAACCACCCUGGGGGCUUUCUCUGAGCCCAGCCUGGGGCUCUCGAGGUUUUCCUGAGAACCAAAGUUUGCGGGACAAGGGCAGGGAGCUCAUGGGAAGAAAGCAAGCGAGCCCUGGGUAGGGAUGCUUGGUGCUGUUCCCUUCAGCCUUCAAGGCAAGUGCCCAUCUUGCCCCUCUGGCUCCUGAGUCAGAGGCUUGAGGUUUGCCAGCUGCACUGUGGCUUCAGGUGGAAGGAAGCAGACUUGCUCCUCCAGGGCCCUUUGUUCAGGAAGAUGUUUCUUUAACCCCAUAUGGUCCAAGAGUAGCUUAAGGAGGCCCUUUAAGGAGGGAAUGAGUCAGUUACCAGCUCUAGGGAGGAGGGUCAGUCUUAAGUGUGUUGCAUGGCUGGAGCUGGAGCUAAAACACAGAACUGAGCAUCCAACACUCAUUGAUUAAGGACCAAAAUCCAGGAUACACACACGUAAAGGAUCAAGAGUCCCACUUCCUUAUUCUGCCGAAGAAAAAAGGUGAGGGAUGAACUCACCGAACCUUUCCUCCUGGUUCUUACCAGAUCAGGAGAGGGUAGCUCAGGGUGUAGGAACGGAGACGGGUCGGCAUGGUGAAAGGAAGAGGAGGGCAGGAAUAGUUAUAAAUCAUCGACUAAUGAGACAUGUAGAGCUGCCUCUUUAGAAUGAAGUCACAACCAUAGCUUAGGAGGCUUCCUUGACAACUGACUCCUCAGGCGUCAAGACAUAUGCAGUCGCACAGAGGGGGGGUGGGGAGGUCAGCAGUGCCAACCCUCGGCGUGCCCUCAGCCAGGGCCUCGAGGAAGGGAAGUUAUCCUGGCCAUCAGCUCCACCUGUGGAUCAGAAUCUCCACUUCCCUCAAGAUCAGGCUGAGCACCAUUGCCUUUCUCUCCCAGCCCCCUCAGGAAAGAGGGGCUGUAUUUUUACUGUAUUCUUGGGUUUUGGAAGGGAAAACUUGAGGCUGGGAUCCUACGGCCUGGUAAGCCCCAUCCACAAGGGCCACAGUCAGGGAGAGGUUGAGGGCAGGAGGGUUGGGAUUUUAGGGUGCAGCUAUGCUCACCAGGUACCAGAGUCAGCUUCUCACCCCUAAACUCCAGUGCAGGAGGUGGCCUGGGACCUGGCCUUUGGCCCAGACUGUUGAGCAGGCACACCUGCCUGUUGGCUCCUCACCACCUGUGCACCUGUUGCCUCGAGACUCAGCCCCAGGCACUCCACCUGCUCUAGAGCCCCACCAUCUCCCUGUGAUGGGUGAACUUGUGUGCUGUGUCUCGGGUCCAGUAUAUAAAUUGUGAGCAGGGUUCAUCUAUUUUAAACACAGAUGUUUACAAAAUAAAGAAUAUUUCAAAUCACA